AAAACCCUCGUUCGCCCGCUCCCUCUCCCUCUCGCGAGCGCCCUCUGAAGAAUCGCCGCAGGAGAAAACCCUAGCUUGGGCUUCUGAGAUCUCGCGGCCAAAAAUGGUGCUUUCAAACGAUAUCGAUUUGCUCCACCCACCUGCGGAUUUGGAAAAGAGGAAGCACAAGCUUAAGCGCCUCGUUCAAUCUCCGAACUCUUUCUUCAUGGACGUCAAAUGUCAAGGAUGCUUCAACAUAACGACCGUGUUCAGUCACUCCCAGACCGUUGUGGUCUGCGGGAAUUGCCAAACAGUUUUGUGUCAGCCGACGGGAGGUCGGGCGAGGCUCACGGAAGGAUGCUCUUUCAGGAAGAAGGGCGAUUGAAUAUUGAAUAUGCGGUCUUAUUUUUGUAGUACUGUGGCCGAGCUGAAGUACCGGGUGGAUUUGCACGAGAAGUGGCACGGGUUAGGAUUUUGCUAUUCGUGAUUAUGUUAUUGUGAGAACUCCUUGUUCAGUUCGUGGUUUGUCGCCGUUCUUUUCUUUUGGUUUACGCUUUUAACGUUAAGUUUCAGUAAGAUAGGCGUUCUGCGAGUGCCAAUUUCCAUUGUCGGCCUUAAUUCGGGGUCUUAUAGCUGUCGCAACUGUGGUUCCUUUGUUGAUUUUUGGACAGAAUCAUUGUUAUCAAGAAAGAAAUUUUGCACUA